AUGAAGGCGAGCAGUGGCGUGCUGCGGGUGGCCCUCACCUUGUUCUGCAUCUGCGGGCUGGUGGCUGCAGGGGAGGACGACAAUGAGUUUUUCCUGGACUUCCUACAAACACUGCUGGUGGGGACCCCAGAAGAGCUCUACGAGGGGCCCCUGGGCAAGUUCGACGUCAAUGAGGAUGCCAAGUCAGCACUGACGGCGCUCAAGUCCUGCAUAGACGGCCUGCAGCCCAUGCACAAGGCAGAGCUGGUCAAGCUGCUGGUGCAAGUGCUGGGCAGUUGA